CAAAGAUUUAAACCAUGAACAACAGUUUUCGAAAUAAAAUUCAUGAACAGUCGAAAGAAAAUUUAUCUGAUGACCGGCACAAGAAAUCUGAUAGGACCCUAAUCGUGUUUAACCGGAAAACCCCGCUCUAUUUUUAUUUUUUUGAGCAAGUAAGAUAUAUAACCGGUUCUAUUUAUAUCCUAAUUGAAACCCCUUCGUCAAGGAAUCUGCCUAUAUAUAGUAACAUAUGCAUACCAAUUUCUUCUCACCCCAAUACAAACUAUAGACCAAAGAAAAGAAAAAAAAACCCUCCUACGGUAUAUUUGACGACCAUUAUCCUCAUAAUGGGUCUACUGUCACUUGAAGACACCAUAAAAGAGAAGCUAAAGGACCGCAAAAACGCUCACUUCAUGUUGGUUGACGGAAUGUCUAAGCUACUGACGGAAAAAGUUAAGAAUUGUCAGUCAUUGGAUUUCCAAGUUUCUGGUGUCAAAUGGAGGUUGGUUAUACGCUUAUCUAGGGGAAGAAAAGACCAUCUAUCUUUUGUUCUGGAGAUCACAGAUGAAAAGUGUACCGGGUCUACUUGGGACGUCAAAUUCAACUUCAAAAUCGGCAUAGUCCCUCAGACUGGACCAGAUUAUUGCUUCGUUUUGGUGGGGCAUCAAAACGAAAAAAAACGUAGUCAAGGGUUAGCCAACUUCAUAUCACACACGGAUUUGAAGGAGAGGUUUCUUGUGAACGACAAAGCGGGGUUCUAUGCCGAGAUAAGCGAUGUCCAACCAAACUUCCCCGUUACCCGUAUCCCUCGAACAAUGGGGACAGCAGAACGCUUUAAACUGAUAGAGUUUUCUCCGAAAAACUCCAGAUUCACCUGGAAGAUCACGCAGUUUUCCUCCUUCGAUGGUGAAGAGCAUUCUUCUUACGAGUUCACGGUUGGACCACGGAGAUGGAAACUAGUAAUGUACCCAAAAGGAAACGGAGAUGGAAAAGGAAAUUCGUUGUCUUUGUAUUUGUUUGCAUCCGAUUACGUCACCAAUGGUCCUAAGGGUGGAACAUUGGCCAUCUAUAAAUUGAGAGUGUUGGACCAACUCAAUCGCAAUCACUGUGAAACUGGUAUGUGUAUAUAUACACUUAAUUCACUAAUUUAUACUUUUUUCUAAGCUUUACAUUUUCUAUAUGCAUAUACAUAUAAGCCUUUUGCUGAUAAAUAGUUACAUGUUUGAUAAAGAGUGUAGAUAUUGGUUUCCUUAUAACCCUGUUAAUCAAAUGGAUUCCUUAUGGGGACGUCCCAAGUUUUUGCCGCUGGAGGAACUCCACAAAUCUUCGAGGGGAUUUCUAGUGAACGAUCAGAUAUAUAUCGGUGUUGAGAUCUCAAUUGUAUCCACUACUGAGUAUCUCUGAUGCGCAUUAAUGGAUUCGAUCAAGACCAGAAGAAUGAAUAGCUCAUGUUGAACCUAUCUACCAGUUAUAUAUUCUGCCAUAUUGUGAUGUGUGUUUAGAUAUCAGUGAAUGAUACAAACAUGCAUGUUUAUACAAAAUAAUAAAAUAAGCGACGGAUCGAAUCGGUUGAUUGUAUUGAAUGUUACAAUAACGUUCAACCGAAUCCGUUGCUGCAAAUUCUCUUAUGGAGAAGAAUGCAUGCUUGUCUAUAAGUACUACCUUUCUUGUUUGUAAUAACAACGAUAUAUCUAUGUGUGUGUUAAAUAUUUUAUUCCGACUCUUAAAAAAUAUAACAUAUGAAAGAGAUUAUAAAACAUAUAUAUAUGUUUGCAUCUUUAUAAACAUUAUUUCUCAUAGUUUUUAUUUAUUUAAGAUAUAUAUCAUUCACACA